AUGUCGGUGACGGUCACCUGCACUGCCAACCCCGAGGAGCACACCUGCGAGGCGUACGACGAGCCGUUCGGGGAGAUCGUCCUUGGCGUGAUCGACCAAAUCAUCUUCGAGUCGGAAACACGUCCUCUGCCGACGACGGCUGAGCUCGAGGAAAAUGAACGUCAACGUCAACGCGAAGUCGCUUCGCGCAUGGCACGAGAGGAGGCGCGGGCGCUUGGUCUGGUCGAGUUUACCGCGCAUGUGCGCCCUGACGGUCGGGCGCCAGAUGGCAAAACCUGGAGCUAUACGCGAGGCGAGUGGGUUCGCGAGGACUUCCGCAAGCAACAGCAACAACAAGUAGUAGAUAAGUCGGAGUACGUCGAGGUCGAUUGA